AUACGAGUCUUUACUGCUAAAGUGUGAACAUCGCCCGUUGUUAUUCUCUGCUUAUCAAUGUCUACGUGACUUCCGACCAUGUCACUUCGGGAAGGCCUUGUGGUUGGAAAUAAACACCUUUACUGCUUAAGUGCUACCGGCCAAAGACAUAGUAAUGUGCGAACUGAAUAGCAUGAUGAACUCUGUCAACUGAAAGCUCAAAAAAGGAGUUAGAACCUGAUUAUUUUACCCCUAGUGAUUUUGAAUAAGCGUGAACGUAAGGAACGUAAACUCUAUAGUGAUGACUGGGCAUUGGGAGAUGAAGAAAUUGAGGGUCAUCAGACAUUUGAUUUGGAGCAAAAGAUCAAGUCUGAUAAAUUUGAUUCAUGUUUUGUCAAAGACAUGACAGCAACAGAAUACAACUUGAAGCAUGUACAGAAACAUGGGUUCAAUUGGCCUCUUCUCUUCAAGGAUAAAUCGCAGUUAGGCAUCACGGUACCAAGUUCCGAAUUUACUAUAAAUGACGUUCGUCUGUGUGUAGGGUCCCGGAGAAUGUUAGAUGUAAUGGAUGUAAAUACGCAAAAAAAUGUAGAAAUGACAAUGAAAGACUGGCAGCGAUAUUUUGAAAGCCAAGACAAAGAUAAGCUUUUAAAUGUGAUAUCAUUAGAAUUUUCACACACAAAACUCGAACAGUUAGUUCAGGCUCCAACUGUAGUUCGUCAGAUUGAUUGGGUAGAAAGAGUUUGGCCACGACAUUUAAAAGAAGCUCAAACAGAGGCAACAAAUGUAUUAGAAGAUAUGAUGUACCCAAAGGUACAAAAAUAUUGUCUAAUGUCAGUUGGGGGUUGUUAUACAGACUUCCAUAUUGACUUCGGUGGAACUUCUGUGUGGUAUCAUAUACUCAGGGGAAGGAAAAUAUUUUGGUUGAUACCGCCAACGGAACGUAAUUUCCAACUGUAUGAACAGUGGGUGUUGUCGGGUAAACAGAGUGAUAUAUUCUUCGGCGACACUGUAGAUAGAUGUGCACGAAUAGAACUAGAAGCUGGAAAUACAUUCUUCAUACCUACAGGUUGGAUACAUGCUGUUUACACUCCAGAAGAUUCCUUGGUUUUUGGAGGGAAUUUUCUUCAUAGCUUUGGCAUAGAAAAACAGCUUCGAGUUGCUCAAGUGGAGGAUGCUACACAUGUGCCACAAAAGUUCAGAUAUCCGUUCUUCACAGAAAUGUUGUGGUAUGUAUUAGAAAGGUAUGUCCAUGUACUCCUAGGAAGAACUCAUUUGAGCCUCCCACCAGAUGAAGAGGAAAAAUACAAGAAGUACUUGUCAUCUAAAGUCAAAACUAAUAAUAAUAACCAGUUAAAAGAGGUGAAAGAAGAAGAUAAAAAGCCUGAUCCUGAGAAGCCAUUAGAUUCAGAAACUAAAGAAAAUGAGAAUGGAGAACAUGUACACUUAACCCAGUUUGAGUUGCAUGGUUUGAAGGCAAUUGUCAUGUAUCUUCAUGCUCUUCCCACCAGUAAAAAGUGUGUGCCUGAUCUCAUAACAGACCCCAUAGCAUUAAUAAGAGAUGUCAGAACAGUUGUAGAAAAACACAGAUAUGAUAUUCCAGAGAAGUCUCUUACUUGCAAGCCUGUUUUGGAGUGGUGGCCCAGGGAACCUGCAAGAUUUGGCUGGAAGAGGCCAUUAACAGAAACAACUCCAGGUACUAUCAGAAAGAGAAGAAGAAAUUCUGAUGAAAUCCGAGUGGUUGGCUACCCACCUAAUGUCUCUAAAAUUAGACAUAGACGAGUUAGAUGUAAAUUGUGUGAACCUUGUACAAGAGAUGAUUGCCGACAAUGCUUGUAUUGUCUUGAUAUGAUCAAGUAUGGAGGAGCAGGAGUGAUGAAGCAGUCUUGCAAAAUGAAGAAAUGUACACAGCCAAUGCUUCCUGCCGCUGCUGUUUGUUAUGAAUGCGAAUUGGAUGGUUGGGGAAGGACAGUGUCACUCGGAAUACAAAAACCACCUCCUAAUGUCCCCAAUAGUUUAUUUGAAUGCUGUGUAUGCUAUAAAGUUUCUCAUCUUCCUUGUCUUUCAAACAAGUUUGAAAAUGUCGAUGGUAUUGUCAAUGAAGAUUUACCAAAUAGCUGGGAAUGUCCAGAAUGUGUAAAGGAAGGCUAUAACAAAGAUUAUAAACACAACAGAGUUCCAGGAAGUAGAGCAUCGGUUGCUGGAAGUGACACUGGGGAAGCAAAAACGCCUUCAGUUUUGUCAGAUGUUGAAGACCCUGACGUAAAAGUGAAGCUAGAAACUGCUGAGGAUGGAACCGAAUUAAAGAAGUCUGAUGUGGCUGGAGGAAAGACCAAAGAGGAGGCAAAUGCUAUGGUAGACACUGCACCUCCUCAUAUGCCAACAUGGGAAGAACUACAAGCACGAGUUAGCAGACCCUUAGUACGUCCAAUGUGGGUUGUCAGACCAAAUCCACCUCCCCCACCAGAUGAAGAGGAAGAUGAUGAUGACGACGAUGAAGAUAGUGGAAGUGAUGGUGAAAGUCGUCCAGCAACACGCGAGCCUCUUCCACCUCCCAUGAAUCGUUCAGUAAUGCUUCCUGUAUUUCAUCAUCUGUCUGUGAAAGACUUGAAGGUUGUAAUGCAGGUUUGCAGAGCUUGGUCACAAUGGGCUAUACACCCAACACUUUGGAAAACCAUAAGGUUAAAUCACAAAAAAAUCCAAGCCAAUCACUUGAUGGGUAUAGUUCGUCGACAACCCAACUGCUUGGAUUUGAGUUGGUCCAAAUUAACUAAGGAGCAGUUGUCAUGGCUCUUAGCACGCCUUCCACAGCUUCAAGAAUUGCAUCUAGAGGGUCAGAGUUGGCAAGUGAUAUCAUGCCUUACUUCUCCUUACUGUCCUCCACUUUCAGUACUCAACAUAUCUUAUUGUGAAGGCUUAAAUGAUGCAACUUUAAAUGCUUUGCUCUCUCCUCCCCGUAGUCAUCGUCCAGGUCAUCGUGACACAACUACAAGGUUGAGGCAACUCACAAAUUUGCGUUUAUCAGGAACACAGGUUGGGGAUGAAGGUGUGCGAUCAAUAGUUCGGUCUCUACCUUUUCUGAGUAUUCUUAACUUAAGUAGCUGCCUCCACAUUACAGAACUGACAGCAGCUUUAUUGGCUCAUCCCUCAAGUGUUGUCAGUCAUUCCUUGUCCUCAUUGGAUUUGAGAGGCUGUCAUCGAUUAGCACCAACUUGCUUACCUUCUCUGAAAUGUUUGCCUUUAUUAGCAAAACUGGCUCUCCACCCUUGCUCUAGGAUUCCUUUUAAAGCAAUUCAGGUAUGGGGUAAACAUCAUGGUUACUCUGUAACAGAGGAGGAAUUCCUCACAAGAAUCCCCCCACCACCACCUGAUCCAACGGAUGACCCUAUGUCAGAUUCUGACAUCUCUUCUUUGUCUAAUCCCCCUUCACCCACGAUCUCAGAGUCCAAGCAGAUUCAAGAGAAAACAAAAACUAGUACAGAAAAUGAAGAACUUCAAAAUAAAGAUAAACAUGUUGAAGAAAGCAAGAGAAAUCAGGACAGUGUUGUAGAUUCCAAAACAAAAGGUGACGUAGCAAAGAAAUCAGAGGAUGAAUCUUUAAAAACUGGCACAGGAGAUACUUCUAAUAAUGAUAAAUUGUCUGAACAUGCUAAAGAUGACAGUACAGAAGGAGCAAAAUGUAUUAAUAUACCAGUAGUUUCUAAUAAAAGUACUGAAAGUAAGAAAUCUGAAGUAAACGCUAAUUUAACUGGUAGUUUGAGAGUUUCAACAAGGAGACAAAGUCGACUACAUGAAUGUGACAGUGAUUCAGCCAGUGAUAUAAAUGCUGAGAAAAUGCCAAAUGACCCAAAUGUUAAAAAGGUCCAGUCAGAGGUUAAAAGUGAAAGGAACAGUAAUUCCUCAGAACAUAGUAAAAGAAUUAAGGCAUCUUUGUUUGAACAGCCCAGUAUUUCAAAAAGCAUUGCGUCACAAGAUAAAUAUAAAGAAAAAUCAGAACCCAAACAGUCUCCACCUUCAUUACAAGAUAGCAAAGAUAUUAAACCAUGUAUUACAGACAAAACUGACUCUGUUCAUUCUCACACAAGUGAAAAUGAGAAUCUGAGAUCUCAACAACAAUGUAUAAAAAGUGAACCUAUUAUUAAGGAAGAAACUGGAAACAUUUUAACUGGGCAGCAGGGGAAAAACACUAAAAUGCCUUCUUUAACUAAAUCUGAAAAAAUAUCUCCCGAAAAUGUAGGAAAAAAUGACAAUUCUUGUAAAGAUGGAAAUAAAGAGGAAUUAUCACAGAGUAAUACAAAGGACAAUGAUAGCGAUGUUAAGAGUGCAGGUGAAAUUAAGGGUAAUGCAGCUGCUUUUGAUAAAGUUAACAAGAAGAGCUCGUUAGGUGACAUGACAGGGCCAAAGGUUGCAGCAAACUCAAAAGACAAACCUAAAGACAAUGAGUUUUUGCUGGAAACGUCUAAAAAGGAAGUAGUUUCAGAAUCCAAACAAACUUCCCCUGGAGAUACGUUGUCUACAACAGGAUCUCAAAAGUGUGCAGCUAACUCUUCUGAUAUGCCUAUCAAAAAAGGGGGUGUUUCCAUUCAAGAUUCCAAUGGUAAGAAAACAGAUAUACCAGACAGUGAUAAAAAGAAACAAAAUGAUAAAAAGGUAACCCAAGGUUCAAAAAGUUCAGAUUCUCCAAUGAAUCAGAAAAAUGUUAUUGUAACAUCUGUUGAAGUACAUCAUGCUGAGAAUUAUGAUAGUACACAAAAUUCUGAGAGUAGUGUGAAAAGACCAGAAAGAAGGCUCAGCAUAAGAAGAUCUAAGGAUGAAGCAGACUUAAAAACAGAGGAGAAACAAGAGAAAAAAGAAAGGAUAACGACAGAUUCCUUGAAAGAGAAGCGUAGAGACUCCAAAAGCAGGGAGGAAGAAAUGAACAGGAUAACAGUAGAAGAUUCUCAUGAUAAAGAGUCAAAGACUCUGAAAAAAAGAAUGGAUGAUAAAGAAAAGAAAGCAAGUACAAACAAAAAAGGUACUUUUAAACCAAACUACCAAACAUCUGGUAAGGUCAAGCAGGAAAAGGAUAUUAUUACAAGGUCUACAAAACGUUUGAAGAGUGAGAAAGAGGCAGAAGACAAACAUGGUGAACAGGUAAAAGAAGAAAAUUCACCAAAGACCCCAGAUAAAUCUGUAGAUAUGCGUAAGAUUGGCAGAAAGAGCAAAGAUUCUUCGGAUGAUAAAGAAGAGUUAUCAACUGACGACAGUGGCAAAAAGGACAUAAAAUCACCUAAAUCUGUAAGUGCAAGGAAAGAAAAGGAUUCAGUAACAGGAAGACCAUUGGAUAAGAAAGAUGAUGAUAAAAUCAUUCGGAGAAAUCGAAGUGAUGCUGAAGAGUAUAUGUCAAAACUAAGACGGAAGUCACAUGACAGUGAUAGCCCAGGUGAUGUUCCAUCUACAGAUACGCCAAAAAAAGAAGAAAAUGUAGAUGAGAAAAUCAGAUCAAGAAGAAGAUCACUUAGAGAUGAAGAUUACACCAGAGGUGGGCCAGAAAAGAAAUUGAAAGAUGAUGCCAAAGAGGAAAAGAAAACAGAUACAAAGGAACCUGGCUCAAGAAGUGGCAAAAAUAAUGGUGACUCAGAAAAUGUGGCAAAGCAAACUAAACGGAAAAGUGAGGACACUGAUGAAAGUGAAACAAGUAAAAAGGUGAAAGAGGACACAGAUGAAGGCAGUAAGUGUGUUAAAAAACCCUCUGAAACAAUGCGUGAAAGGUCAGGCAGUAGGGAAAGACCAGAGAGAGCCCACAGAUCUCCUAGGAGGCUUUCGAUGUGUCAGUAAAACAAUUAUGAAUGUCUUUGGAUCUAAACAUGAUUCCAAUAUAUUCUUAAUUUCAGGGGUAAAUUUGAUGUCAUCCUAUAAGUAGUAUGGAAUGCUCACAACUUCUUUUGUUAAACAAAAAUUUUAAUUUAGUUUGAAAUUCUUGUCAAUAGUAGUACACUAUACUGUAAUAAUAAUAUAACAAUUUUGUAAGUUUUCUACUUGUGAAUUGUAUUUUAUGACAAAAACUUUUCAGUUUAAUGCAAGCUUUAACUAAAUCUAAAUGUUCUUGUAUGUGUUGAAAGUUGAUAGUUAUGUUAUAUAUAUAUUAAACUUUACUGAACUGUAAAAAAAUAUAUAAAAAAUACACUUAAGCUAAGAAAGUAUCAGCUAGAAGCUUUUGCUUCCUGUUCUUUGACAAGUACAAAUUUCAAAAUAUUUAAUAUUCUUAGGUAUAUUGCAGUCAGUUUCUUGAAGAAUUCAUGCCUGCCCUAUAUGAUAUCCCCAUCUUUAGAACUGCUUAAAAAUCAGCCCAAGUUAGCAUGGUUUUUAUUUGAUUUCCUUUAGUGGAUUAAGUGUUACACUGGUGAAAGAAAUAAUCUGUGAAAACUUAAAUUUGUAUACUUAUUGCAUUAAAAUAUAAUAAGUCUGUUUUACACAUAA